AUGCCUCCCACAAUCCAUAUUCAUAUCCAUAUCCCACAGGACCAUUUCAUCCCCGACCCUCGCCUCACCGACCUUGGCCUCCAGCAAUGCGCACAGCUCCGCCAGAACCUCGUCCAGCGCUUCUCGUCGUUCGAGGGCAGAAUUGCCAUUGUUGCGAGCCCGAUGUUGCGGACGCUGCAGACGGCGAGUUUGGCAGCGGAUUGGCUGGUUGAAAGAGGAAUUAUGAUUGAGGCGGAUGCAGAUUGGCAGGAAAACUCGGACAAACCCUGCGACACCGGCUCUCCCCCCUCCCACCUCGUCCUCAUCAAAGACAACCACACCCGCAUCCAAUUCACCUCCCCCUCGUUCGACUUCUCCGCCGUCCACCCCCUCUGGCCGGAUAAGACUUCUUCCCCCGCGGCCCGCAGCCUCUUUGGCUACACCCGCACUGCCAUCCUAGCACGAGCCCGGCGCGCCCUCGAAAAGCUCCGCAAGAGACCCGAGGAUCUGAUUUUUGUUUUUUCGCACUCGGCGUUUAUGAGGACGGCCGUGACGAGCUGGUGGUACUUUAAUGCGGAUUAUCGGAUUUUUGACUUUGAUGAUGAGGGCAAGGAUGGGGCGCUGGUGCCGUUGAGGAUGGAUCAGUCGACGCUGGAGGGGGGUAUGGGGUGGUCGUGGCCGAAGAGGGUUGAGGUGGGAUAUGAGCUUCCGGGUGAUUUUGAAGACAACAAAGGAAGCCGUAGUGAGAAGGUGGAGAAUUCUUGA